AUGAAGCUGUCGCUCGUGCUCUGCGGUGCGCUGGCGCUCGUGGCCGUGGUCAACUGCACUCCGGUGGCCAAGAGGGAAGCGGUUGACGACCUCAGUCCUCUCAACGAAGUUUAUGUUUUGCAGAGCGACGACGACGAUGAGAGGAGCGACAGGGAAAAGCGGAAAAUCGGCGUCGUCAAACUCGGCGUCAGCAAUGGCAUCAUCAACUUUGUCUUCGGGAAACUGGACGCCUUCCUCGAUGCCAAAACCAAGGCCCUGGGGGUGCUAGACGACAGCAACAGGGCGAAAAACGCGGCCUUCGAGAUCGACAACACCAAGUCAGCCACGGGAGAGUUCAUAAACAAGUUCCUCGCCCAAAAGUCGCGGGCCAGCUCGACCGGCAUCGGGCCGAUCUUCAGCGCCGGCAGCACCUUCCUGUCCACCGCCAAGCAGGGCCUGGCCGGCGCCUUCGCCUCAAAACUCGCGCCCCUCAGUUCCCUCUCCGGUGGCUUGGUUGGCGGUCUAUCCGGUGGUUCUGGUAGCGGCGGCGAGGAUGGCUCGCACAGGGACGGUGGUGGGAGCAACAGCGGGAGCUUCCUGACGGGGAUACUAGGCAGCCUCAGCGGGAGCAGCAACGGCGGUGGCUUCGGUAGCCUCAGCAACGGUGGAUUGAGCGGCGGUGGCAACGGGGCUGGUGACACGGGAGGCAACGGCGUCGACGAGCUCGAGCCCGACUUGCCGGCCGUGACGGCCGACGCCAACGCGAGUUACGGGAACCUCGGCGGAGGGAAAAUAUCGACGACCACGCGUCGAGUGGUUACACGUAAACCAGCAGUUCGCACGACGACGGAAGACAUUCCCGAGUUCGACAGGAAGAACGUGGCUCUAGAUGUUCCACCCCAACUCUUUGGCAGUGGUUUCUCUAUCAUAACUAACAUUAGUAAAAUUAUCGGCAGUGUCAUAAUGAACUCGGCGAGGAGAACUGCGACGUUACUGGAACUCUUCAAGCCGCUUUUCCGAGGUAUUUUUACCGUUUCGGGCCUUCCAUCGGACAACUCAAAUAAAUUGUAA